CCCAUCCGUGGGUCCCGCCGGCGGCGCAAAACGAUCGAAAAUAGAGGGAAAUGGAUAACGGAAGUGGCACUAAGCUAUAACGAAGCAACAGUUAAGGCUGUGAACAAAAAUCGAACCCAAAUUUCUGUCCUUUCUUUAUAACUUGAUCCAAUUUCUUGCGUUAUUAACUGUUGGAAAAAAAAAUCAUAAUACCCAUUGUUACCCAAUCUCUGAAACAUUAUGGAAUUGGCAUUUGCUGCUUCAGUGUACCCUGCAAAUGGGACGAGAGCCAUCCACGAGAUAAAACCUCUCAGCCCAAAACUCGUUAGCGCCAAGAAACGGUCUUUUCAUAACAGGUUCCUAUGUUCAGUUGUUGUUGCUCCUGACGGGAAUCGGGUGUCUGAGGUUGAGUUAGAGAACAGGAAACAUGAUCUUCUCUUGGCUGUUCAAGACACACAACGGGGACUUGUUGCGACUGCUGAUCAACGCUCUGUUAUUGAGGAGGCUCUGGUCUGCGUGGAGGGAUACAACAGGGGUGCACCAAUUGACCUGGUGAUGUUGGAUGGAACAUGGCGCCUGCAAUACACGUCUGCCCCGGAUGUUCUCAUUCUGCUGGAAGCUGCUGCAAGACUUCCUUUUUUUCAGGUUGGGCAGAUCUUCCAGAAAUUUGAAUGCCGGAAUCAGUACAGUGGAGGUGUCAUCCGAAAUGUUGUACGGUGGAGUAUUCCAAAUUUGUUAGAGGAACAAGAAGGUGCCACACUGGUUGUUUCUGCUAAGUUUGAGGUUGUGUCUGUGCGGAACAUCUAUCUUCUGUUUGAAGAGAUAAAAAUUCAAGAUAUAAACAUCAGUGAACAGCUGCAAGCACUGAUUGCUCCUGCACUCCUACCAAGGUCAUUUUUAAGUCUACAGAUUUUGCAGUUUCUUCGAACAUUCAGCGCUCAAGUUCCCAUAAGAAACCCAGGGACUGCGAGGAGAUCAGUUGGAGGGCUUUAUUACCUUUCAUAUCUGGAUAAAAAUAUGCUCCUGGGAAGAGCCGUUGGAGGUGGAGGAAUAUUUGUGUUUACCAAGGCUCAACCCCUUGAGCUAUAAGGAACUAUUUUAAUCAAUAGCUUAAUCGGCAGAACCUCCAUAGUGGCAAGUCGAUAAAUUGGAAGUCAGGAAACAAUCAAACAAAGUUCUCAUUACUCAUGAAAUACUAAGCAUGGAAGCAUAAGUGCAACCUGCUAUGCCUUCUCCCUGCUGCCUAAUAGUGUUCUUUUUGUAUUUUAAUGUAUAGAGCACAUGGUAAUGGCAGCACAUUAUUUUUCUUUUGAAAAAAAAAUGCCCCUUCGUGCUGCCAGCCAAAUAGGAAGGUGACGAUCUGAUAGUUGUUCCACCUUCAGCAAAUUUUCAGGAUUUUGCUCAUUAUUAAAAUAUGUAUGUUGAAAGAGAGAGAAUUCCUCGAGCCAAAGCUUCAAUCUCCUAAACAAUUCUCAUAAAUCUCACUUAAUUCAUCUAAAAUUCGAACUCUUAUACCUAAUCACACUAAUUAUUGCAUGAAAAAAAUCUCACCAUUCCACCUCACUUGCCAAUUAUGUAAGUAUAUUUCUUAAUAUUAUUAUUAGAUGCCCAUUAAUCUAUUUGUUGUUCUCCAUUUUUAUGAGUUUAUGUUAGUACUCGCAUCAUAGGA